AUGCGUCCUUGGAGUACUACAGAAACUGCCUAUCUUUCAAAGCUUAGUGAAAAACAUGGCCGUGGUUGGAAAAUUAUAUCUGAAUUACUUGGACGAACUCAGAAAGAGUGUUACAACAAGGUUAUCUCAUGGGCUAUCCUCGCAACAACACUCUAUGACUAUCUUCAGCGCAAUGGAACGUUUGCUUUAGUUUUCAUAUUAAUUU